UAUAAUCACCAAAAGCACUAGAGAUACAGAAGUAGCUACUAUGGUGCAAAGCCCAUUGACCAUGGACUAUGAAGAAACUGGAGAUUAUGCCCCAGUUUCCCAAUCCCAGCAGUCCAUAUCUGCUAUACCAGAAAUUACAACAACUUCAAAUGCUAUCAAAAAUAUCAUUAAGAGUUACUCUAAUGAUCCUGCUGAGUGGGGAAGUAACAUUUCUGAAGAUUUGCGUGAAUAUUUUUCUAAGAAUCAAAUUCAAAAUAAGUAUGUGGACUACUCUGCAUCUAAAAGAACAUAUACUGAUAUUACAAGGUAUCUGACUAAAGAACUAUUCAUACGGAAAAGAAAUAAUGCUGAAUGUAUUACUCGUGAUUGGAUGAUCUACUCACCCUCAACAGGAACUAUAUUCUGUGUGCCGUGUAAACUUUAUAGUAGUUUGUCUCAUGCCCUUGCAACAUCGGGCUUUAAUGACUGGAAAAAUGCUGCUGCAAGAUUAAGGGAGCAUGAGAAUUCACCUGAUCAUCGCAAGUGUGUUUUCAUAUUCACAGACAGGGCAAACCCUGAAUGCCGAAUAGACCGCGCUCUUAUUGAACAAGAAGUUCAUGAACAGAAGUACUGGCGGGAAGUUUUAAGAAGGGUUGUCGAUGUUGUAAAGUUCCUUGGUGAACGUGGCUUACCAUUCAGGGGAACUGAUGAGCUAUUUGGAUCCCCACAGAAUGGGGCAUUUCUGGGAAUACUAGAGCUUAUUGCUAAAUAUGACCCAUUUCUUGAGCAGCAUAUAAAGAAGUAUGGUGGGUCAGGCAGAGGGGUAAGCAACUACAUGUCAUCUACCAUAGUAGAGGAGUUCAUCGAGUUAAUGGGAAAUAAAGUUGCUCAAGUAAUAGUGCAAGAGCUAUACACUGCCAAAUAUUUUUCUUUAAUUGUAGAUUCCACACCAGAUCUCAGUCAUGUUGAUCAGCUAGCAAUUGUACUACGUUAUGUUAACAAAGAUGGGCCUGUGGAACGGUUACUGGGGUUUGUUCCAAUCUAUUCUCAUACAGGAGAACAUCUUGAAAAUACUGUGUUGUCAUUCCUGGCUGUAUUGAAAAUUAAUAUUCAGGAUUGCAGAGGCCAAAGCUACGAUAACGCUAGCAAUAUGUCUGGCAGAUACAAUGGAUUGCAAGCUAGAAUUCGUGCAAUCAAUCAGUUGGCAUAUUAUGUGCCUUGUUCUGCACAUUCACUGAAUUUGGUUGGAACAUGUGCUGCAGAAUCCUGUCUUAAAGCAGCUACAUUUUUUAAUCUAUUGGAGUGCAUCUAUGUUUUUUUUUCUUCAUCCACUCAUCGAUGGAACAUUCUUAAAAAUGAGCUUUGCAAAGCUCCUGGAAAUCUUUCUGUAAAAGGUCUGUCUGGCACAAGAUGGGCUGCUCGUUCUGAUGCUACUAAAGCACUGAGAAUCGGUUUUCAGUAUGUGAAAAAUGCUCUCAGAGAAUUAGAGUCGUCUGAUCACCAAGUAAGAGUCCAACAUGAGGCAAAGUCCUUAUUGGGAAAACUCAACCACUUUGAAACCGCCAUUCUUCUUGUGGUGUGGGGAAACAUCUUAGAAAGGCUAAAUGCGACUAGUAAAACUUUACAAAACACCAAAAUCUGUCUUUCAGAAGUAGUCAUACUUUAUAACUCAUUGAUUGCAUAUGUGCAAAUAAUUAGGGAUUCAUUUGACACAUAUGAACUAGAAGCUAAAAAGCUAACUAGAGACCAUACAUAUGCAGGAGAAGGAAAACGGCUUAAAAAACGCAAAACAUUUGCUGAUGAAUCACCAUUUGAUGAUGUUAACCAACAUAUGUCAGCAAGAAACAAAUUUAUCACUGAAACAUUCUAUGUAUUAACAGAUUCUCUUAUUGCAGAGCUUAAAAGAAGGAAUCAGUGCUAUGAAUGCUUGAAUAACCGUUUUGAUAUUUUUAAUACAAACUUGCCAAUAUCAGAUUUACGCAGCUCUGCAGACAAAUUGCAAAAAAAACUACCCAGAGGAUCUCGAAGACUGUUUUACAGAAGAAUUUUUACAAUUUUCUGCAUUGAUACCCCAGGAAUCCAUGGUGUGCCCAAUGGCAAUGAGGCAAUAUAUAAUUGCCAGGGACUUGCAAAAAACAUUUCCAAAUACUGAAACCUUGCUACGUAUGUUUUUAUGCAUGUCUGUAACCAAUGCCAGUGGAGAAAGAUCAUUUUCCUGUUUGAAAAGGAUAAAAAAUGAAAGAAGAACUACCAUGGGCCAAGAAAGGUUAUCAGCCCUUUCUUUGCUAGCUGUGGAAUCCGCUUUAGUCAGACAACUUGACUUUGAUGACAUUGUGGAUUCUUUUGCUAAGCAAAAAGUACGUAAAGUUAAUUUGUAAUUGUUAGCUGCUCAGCAAACAGUACAAGGCUUGGUACACAAGUCAUGAAAUCCCUUCACCAGCUUCUUUAUUUCUAAAUGUUGAAAUUCUAAUUCAUUGUCUCAUAUGGCUGCAAAAUAUUUCUAAAACCCUACUCACCUGAUAUGGCUGCAAAAAAAUGUACCCUAGUCUACUCAUCUGGCUGUAAGAAUUAUUUUAAAUCAUUAAAAGCUACAUCAUAAUUUGUUAUUAUAUUGGGGAGACUUACCCUGUUUUAAAAUGUGUGUGAAUAUUGUUUUACAAAUCUAGUUCAAAAUAUGUAUUUGUAUGUAAAACAAUCAUAUACUGAUAUUACAAGUUAUAUGACUAAAGAACUAAGGAAAAUAAAUAAUGAUGAAUAGACCAUGCUCUUUUUGAACAACCAGUUCAUGAAAAGAAAUCUGUCUGCAAAACAAUUCUAAUAUUCUCGUCUUCUCAUCUGACUGCAAAACAAUUCUAAUAUUCUCGUCUUCUCAUCU